UUCUGUAGAAGCUGCAGCAGCUCUCUACCAAGAUUGAAUCAGUUACGUCGUUAUCCACAAAAUUCAAAUCACGUGCCCUAUCAGCACGUGAUGAUAAGUGCAUAGUGCCUUGCAGCCUGAGGAUGCAUGAAUCAUGAAUCAGACCAGCAGCGGUUCGCUCACAUCUUCCCAGUCAAACCAACAGGUCCGAUCCUGUCAAUCUUGCAAACUACAUUCGGAAUGUACAGACUAUCUACAGACUACUUCACCCGGAUACGGAACACACCGCGUGACCUACCAAUAGUGGGAAGUACUUUUUGGUCAAUGUCCUUUGAAGGAUCAUUAUUGCCGCUGCCCUGCACGGUUGCUCUGGUGGCUUUUGAACCCAUCCAAGGACCGGGCCAAGCGGCGCCAACGUUAUUCCUGUACCACCGACUCCCACAAACAAACAAUCUUCCCGCUCAUCUGCAUGAUCAAGAUGUUGAAAGAAACAAAGAGAAAAACAUCUACAAUCCGGAUACGGGCACGGGUUACAAUGCACCUCAGUCUAGACCGCCUCAAUAUUGGGCAAGCCCUGCUUGCGUAUGUAGCCAUGACAAGCAAAAGAACCGACGAAGCGUGACGAUGACAGAUAGACGGGGCCAAUCACCAGGGUGAGGAGAUGAGACCCCCCUUGAAAGUUGAAGCAGCCUUGAGCAACAACCCUUGAAUAUGGACUCGGACAAGAUGUGAUGUGACGGGGGGAAAGGGAAGGGCGCGGAAACAGGGACAGGGGGACAAAAGUACGAUAUUUUUUUUCGGCGUCUCCAGGCUCCAGCCAGCAAGAACUUCAGCUGGAUGCUUCCAGCCGACGGUGGUACUUUUGGCAUUGGACGUGCUCUUCCGUAUCGCCCCUCAGAGCAGAC